UUCUGAGAUAAUCCUGCACUUUCCAUCUCUUCGCCACACUUUUCUACCACUUUUCCAUCUCCUUUUAUCUCUGCAUAACACCUAAUUCUCUAUAACAUUUCUAUCUGUCUUCUUUCAUCAGCUUCUCCAUACCUCUGUUGCUCAGCUCAUCACUCCCCCAGUUUUCAGCCCAUUCCGCUCUCCUUCCCUCUCUUUCUAUUUCUCACUUGCAGAGACUUUCUGUUCUUUUCCUGAAAUCUUGGGGGAACUUUUCAAAAUAAGGGAGACUGAGAAUCAUGGAUGUUGACAUGAUGAAAUCAUCAUCAUCAUCAGGAGAGGAACACAUGGACAUGAUGACAAUGAUGAUGCAGAUGGAAAAGCUUCCUGAUUUCUGUGAGCCUUUCCACAGUACCUCUACUUCUACACUGCAGGAAACCCAAUUCUCCAAUGGAAAUCCCACUAGCAUUGUAACCUCACCACCUACUCAUCAUAACCCACAUGCCACUUCACCGCCAAUCAUCAGCCCACCUCCUUCCAUGCCAUUUAUGACCACUUCAAUGCAAGAACCAUUGACAGGAUCUCUCCAACCCAAUAUGGUCACUAGCAAAUUCAAGUUUCUCCCUCCAUUCACAAAUGUAAACUCUUUCUUAUCUUCAAUGGAGAAGAAGAACUCUACUUCAGCAAUUAGAGAGAUGAUCUUUCGCAUAGCUGCAAUGCAGCCCAUCCAUAUUGACCCAGAAUCGAUAAAGCCUCCAAAGAGAAGGAACGUGAAGAUAUCCAAGGAUCCACAGAGUGUGGCAGCCAGGCAUAGAAGGGAAAGAAUAAGCGAGAGGAUAAGGAUUCUGCAGAGACUAGUGCCAGGAGGAACCAAAAUGGACACUGCUUCUAUGUUAGAUGAGGCUAUACAUUAUGUGAAGUUCUUGAAGAAACAAGUGCAAUCUUUAGAACAAGCUGGGGCUAAUAGACCAACAGCUGGUUUCCCAUUCUCAGGAUUGACAGUGCCUAACAUAGGUUACUCUUCUUUGGUGAAGAAUUGCCAGCCAGCUCCAAACACGGUGGGCUCAAUGCUCAGAUGAGAGAGAAAAAUUGGGUACAUAUGAGUUAAUUGUGUACUAGUGGUGGUUUUGAAUCUUGUAAAUUUAUUAAUCAAGAUUGAGUUGUUAUCUUGUUUAAUUUUGCUGUGUAAUUGUAAUGUUCAAGAACAUUUUAUUGAA